AUGGAGUGUGUUGAGAGCCAAGAAGAGAUAGCAACCACCAGUGUUGCUAAAUCCUACCCAAGAUUGUUCCCAAAGAGAGGCAAAAUGGGGCUGAAAUGGGCAAGGAGAAGUCUAUUAUUGGCAACCAUGAUACUUAUGGUCUUGGCAUCAACAGCUAGAGCAGAAGGAGAAACUACCCAAACAGGGGAUGAGUCUCAAGAUACUUCACUAAAGAGCACUGAGGAAGAUCAUCACAAAGAUUUCUGGCCGCUAGAUCCUAUCGAAUAUCUUGCUACAGUAUUGCUCAUUGCGAUUACCGUGCUUACAAAUGCUGCUGGAAUUGGAGGAGGUGGAGCACUUGUUCCAAUCUUGCUUCUCUAUGGAUUCAAGACCAAUGUAGCAGUUGCUCUUUCUAACGCUGUAAUUUUCUGUGGAGGAAUAACCAAGUUCAUAUUUGAAUUCAGUGGAUCCCAUCCAUUGAAGAAGGCUAGACUCGUCAACUAUAACAUAGUUGCUCUAAUGCUUCCAGCUGUAAUGAUUGGAUCUUUUGUAGGAGCACAGUUGAAUGUGAUAACCCCAUCAGUGAUAAUCUUAUUCUCCUUGGGAGCAGUUCUUGUCUUUGUGUCUUUCAAGAGCCUCAAAAAAGCAAAUUCAUUAUAUAAAAGAGACAAAGAAAAAGAGGAUGACUCUGAACAAGAAUUAGCAGUUGAGCUUGUAGAAGUCAAAGAUCAAGAGAAUCGUCAAUCUGAAGAAGACUCUUGGAAUCAUAGUGUUGCUUACCAAGAAGAUGAUUCAUUUAUUACUAGGAAUCUAAAAAAUAUCAAGAGAGCUGAGAGAACUCAUUUUCAUCUUCCAAAGAUGGCCCUGAUUCUAUCGUGUUUAACUAUUUUACUGAUUGUGGCUCUUAUAAGGAAGAAAAUAAUCUCAGUUCCAGGAUUUGCCUUUGAAAAGUGCUCAUUAAAGGAUUUAGUUCUCUGUAGUUUCUUCAUUUGCUCAAUGAUCGUAAUCUUGAUUGGAAGCAUCAAGAUACUCAAAGAUGAUUAUGAGUUAAAGAAGAAAGUUAACUAUGAAUUUGUAGAAGGAGACAUCCAAUGGGAAAAUAAAGCAAUCUUUGCCAUGAGCGCUGUUGCAAUUAUCGGAGGAGGUCUUUCAAGUUUAGUAGGCCUUGGAGGAGGUGUAAUCUUUGGACCACUAAUGAUGGAGUUUGGAGUUCAUCCAAAAAUCACCUCAGUUACAAGCAUGUACCUUAUUAUGAUUUCAACCUUCGCAGCAACAUUCCAGUUCCUCUUAAUGGGAGUCAUGCCUCUUGAUUAUGCAGUGAUCCUUGGAUUGAUGAUUGUCGUCUUUGUGGUUCUUGGGAAUAUGUUUGUCAACAAAAUUGUGGAGAAAAUAGGGAAGCCAUCAGUACUUGCCCUCUUCCUUGCUUAUGUCAUUAUUCUUUGCACAAUAAUAGUAUUAUUCACAGGAGCUUUCAAAAUGUAUGACAAAAUAUCCAAAGGAGAGAACGUUCUAGCUUCUUCACCUUACUGAGACAUGUAAAAUUGGAAUACGAUCUUAAUAUUUCAGACCAGA